GCAGCGCUGAGAGGGCAGGCUCGGGCCCGCGCCGCAAAGGCCUCCGCCCGCUCUCGGCCCCCCGCCGCCCUUCGCAGCGGCCGGUUCCGCACCUCGAGAGGCGCCCGGCGUCCGCGGAGCUCCAUGUACGACAAUUUGUACCUGCAUGGAUUUGAAGACUCGGAGGCGGGCUCAGCAGAUUCGUACACAAGCAGACCCUCAGACUCUGAUGUGUCUUUGGAAGAAGAUAGGGAAGCAAUCCGCCAGGAGAGAGAGCAGCAAGCAGCGAUACAGCUUGAAAGGGCAAAGUCCAAACCAGUAGCAUUUGCUGUUAAGACCAAUGUGAGUUACUGUGGAGCACUGGAUGAAGAUGUCCCUGUCCCAAGCACUGCCAUCUCUUUUGAUGCGAAGGACUUCCUGCACAUUAAAGAGAAAUACAAUAAUGACUGGUGGAUAGGGAGGCUGGUGAAGGAGGGCUGUGAAAUUGGUUUCAUUCCAAGCCCGCUUAGACUGGAGAAUAUCCGCAUCCAGCAGGAGCAGAAGAGAGGACGUUUCCAUGGAGGGAAAUCAAGUGGAAAUUCUUCUUCAAGUCUUGGAGAAAUGGUUUCUGGCACGUUUCGAGCCACACCUACUUCCACAGCAAAACAGAAACAAAAAGUGACAGAACACAUUCCCCCAUACGACGUGGUGCCAUCUAUGAGGCCCGUUGUCUUAGUGGGGCCAUCGCUGAAAGGCUAUGAGGUGACAGACAUGAUGCAGAAAGCUCUAUUUGACUUCCUGAAGCACAGGUUUGAUGGGAGGAUAUCAAUAACCCGAGUGACAGCUGACAUUUCUCUUGCUAAGAGGUCUGUUCUGAAUAACCCAAGCAAGAGGGCAAUAAUUGAGCGGUCAAACACACGAUCCAGUUUAGCUGAAGUGCAGAGUGAGAUUGAAAGGAUCUUUGAGCUGGCCCGGUCCUUGCAGCUGGUUGUCCUGGAUGCAGACACUAUCAAUCACCCCGCACAACUUAUCAAGACAUCUCUAGCUCCAAUUAUUGUCCAUGUUAAAGUGUCUUCUCCAAAGGUUUUGCAGCGACUGAUUAAAUCUAGAGGAAAGUCACAAAGUAAACACUUGAAUGUUCAGUUGGUGGCAGCUGAUAAACUUGCACAAUGCCCACCAGAAAUGUUUGAUGUAAUUUUGGAUGAAAACCAGCUCGAAGAUGCUUGCGAACACUUGGCGGAAUACCUGGAGGCAUACUGGCGUGCUACACACACCACCAGUAGCACACCCAUGACUCCUCUUCUUGGGCGAAACCUAGGAUCCACUGCACUGUCCCCAUACCCUGCUGCGAUCUCUGGACUGCAGAGCCAGCGUGUGAGGCACAGCAGCCAUUCAGCAGAGAACUCUCCAAUUGAGCGACGAAGUCUCAUGACCUCAGAUGAAAAUUAUCACAACGAAAGGGCUCGGAAGAGCAGGAACCGCUUGUCUUCCAGUUCCCAACACAGCCGAGAUCACUACCCUCUAGUGGAAGAAGAGUACUCUGACUCAUACCAGGACACUUACAAACCCCAUAGGAACCGAGGAUCCCCUGGAGGAUAUAGCCAUGAUUCACGACACAGGCUUUGAGUUCAAGAACCUGGGGAAAAAUAGUAUUCAUCAGUUGAUAACUUGCCAUAACGUAGCUAGGAAAAGCAAUUCACCUUGAUUUGGCAGAUGUAAUGCGGUUAUACUGAGGUUACACUCUGCUGUCAUUUGAUGUUCAGUAGGGGACAAAAGAGUUAUCAUGCCCUUACGUUUAUGCCCUGUCAUAUAGAUUGCAUUUUGUUGUUGUUGUUGUUUUUUUAGUACAGCAUUUACAUUGAUAGCCAUACCUUUUCUCAUCGUUAGAUAUUAGGCACAUCAGUUUGUAACUUAGGGUUAUUAUCGAGGCACUUAUAAAGUAAUUUCCUGUGCUGGAAAUUCCAAAUGACCAGUUCCAGUUGGAACCAAUUUAUAAACCAAUUCCUGUUGGAAUUUGGGUGAAUUGACUGGAAAGUCAACCUGAGCAUGUUGCAAUCAAGUGAAAAAGAUAAAAAUGAAGAAUCUGAAAAUUAGAAACCAGUAGAAGCCGGAAAGUCAGCUACAGUAUUUGUUUGCCGGAAGCUCAGUUUACAUUUACAGUUAGAAUAAAAGCAUUUUAUCCUAAAUACUUCCUUCCAGAAUGGCUUUUUCAGACAAACCAAAUGUAAACUGUUGAGAGUGCCAAAAUCACAAAUUAUUGCAGCAGUUACAAAAUACUUUCCAGUUUGAAAUUAUUUUUAGAGCUGGCAUAAGUGUUGCAGCAAAAUGAUUUCUUUAGUUUAGCCAGUACUGACUUUUGUGUUGGGGUCAGCAGUGAUGAGCUAUGACACGACAAGGGGAAACAGGAACAGGAAAAUGAACAAACUUUAGGACAGUUUGUGUGGUCAGAGGUUGAGAAUAGUCUUUUUUUUUCCCUCUCUCUCUUGUUUACCUGAAUACAGCUAGUAGUCCCAAAAUCAUAGAAUCACAGAACCAUAGAAUGGCCUGGGUUGCAAAGGCCCACAGUGCUGAUCCAGUUCCAACCCCCUGCUGCGUGCAGGUCGCCAACCAGCAGCCCAGGCUGCCCAGAGCCACAUCCAGCCUGGCCUUGAAUGCCUGCAGGGAUGGGGCAAAUGGAGGAGGAGGAAGGAGGAGUACCAAAACUGGUACCGAGACACAUAGUAUUUUUUCUCCCAUUUUGAGUAUCCUGCCUUUUUAAAUGGAAAAUGCUACUUUUGCAACCCAGUGUGUAGAGUACCUCCACUCCAGUCCAUCUGAGUAGCUGUGUGUUGCAACCUUCAAAAUCUGUCUCUGAAUGUCUGAAAAUUCCAGCGUCGCACAAGAACUCUCCAGAAGAACAUCAGUUCAAUCCCAGUAGUGAAAUCUGAGGAAAGGGGGGAGGUUAAGGGUCCCUAAAUGAUAAAAGUGGGAAUAAUACGCUCAUCAGAAUUAGCAUGCAAUAAAAAUGGAGAACCAGAAAAUAAUCGCUCACGUGUAGAGCUGACAUUUUAAAUUCAAAGAACUGCGAUAAAUCCUUGGAGAUAUCGCUGCCUUAUUUCCUGUUGAUCACUUAUUUCACCUAUUGAGUCUUCAGGUUUUUUUUAAAUAGGUCAGUGUCUGUGAGUAGACCUCACGUCUUACAUCAUCAGUGAAGCCUUAGAUCCAAUACGAUUGAAACAGUGAGCAGAACUGGCAGUUUUGUACAACACAGCAAGGUCUGUAAGCAGAGACUCCCGAAGUUCCACACUGCUUGUUUUCUUAAAUUGACAGAACUGUGCUGAACGUGCGUUUCUGUAUGCAGGUUCAUGUCAAAAGUUUUUUCAAAGCUGAGGGUCAUUGACUUCUGUAUCUGAGUAUCUUCCCCAGGGUGGGCUUUAAGAGCACCUAGCACGAAUUUCAGGGGGGAAAUCCUAAUUAUUAUGGUUUCUUCCACUUUCUGGACCAGUUAACAAAGAUCACGGAUAUUUUCCACCACCACUGAGCCUGGUUAUCUUCUUGAUGUUAAAAACAAGAAAAGUAAUUCAUCUCCUGUCUGGUACAGCCAAAAAUGACGUACAUCUCUAGCAGCAUUAGAAGAUCAUGGAUGCAUGACUGAUUUGUUAAACAGUUCUACUGCCUCAGAGGCAAACCUUAAACAUUACUGGAUGAUUCAAGUGGGCCAUUGCCAAGAAAAAAAACUAUUAAAUACCUGCAUCCAUUAGAGAAACAAGUGUUAAGAAUGGGUAUGACAGACCUGAUCCUGUUGGAUUUUCUUCAGCUGAAUGCUCACAGAUUCCAAAAGUGCAUUUAGGCUGAGAAAGCACAGCAAGAUGUGGUCUGGGAGUGGUAGCUACAGCUGCCUUCUCUAAUAUUUUCUGCUAUAGCACAGUGGAGCAUUCUCCAGUAAUUUUUACAAAUCUUUGUUACAUGUACAGCACACAUACCUGCAUGAGAAAGAAGGCAUUAGGCAAAACAUAUUUUCUAUAAGCUUUAAUAAGUUUCUUGUUUGUGUGCAUUAAAGUAUUAAUUGCAAAGGAUGCACUGAGAUGUAUAAAGCUAGAUUAGACAGCUGUUUAUCUUUAUUCUGUAGUAGCAUUAGGGAUCCGAUCAUUUAACUGCUUGAAGAUAUUUGCAUUUUAAUGGCAGGUAGCUGUGAAGCACCUGCAUAUAUUUUCUAGUAAACAAGGUUACUGCUUCAUCAUUUCCUAGGCAAAAAUGGCAUUUAUUUCUAGAGCCUUUUGGAGCCUUGUUUUUAAGUCUUCCAUGUCAUGCUAGUAAAGGGAAAGAUCGACACAACACAUAGGCAUAAAUUCCAUCACCUGCAGCAUCUGAAGUGCCAAAACAACUUUGUUCUAAUAGAAACAAGCUUGCGAGGGAUGUUAUGUAUUGUCUUGGAAGAACCCAUGGAGAUCCUUCAUUAGAUGGGUUUAAGGUUACCGUUGUAUGUAAUUAAUUUACCCUCUUCGCUCCCAUUGCCCACUGCAUUUUAAAUAUAAGAAAUCAGUUACAAAAGGUCCAGCAGAUCUCAUUGCUUGGUGUUUUUUCUUUUCUUCUUUGAGGACAGGUAUAUCUUUAAGCACAAAUAUACUGGACAUGCUAAUAGGUGGUUAAUUUAUUCUAGAUACAAGCUACUGGAACUCUUUCAUUUUACACAGUAAAUUAUUUUUAGGAAACACGAUAACCAGUAAAAGCUGCAGUGUUGAUCAGGACGUGUUAACUCAUAGUGUUUGUAUUAGAAGUGCAGCAGUGCUAGGCAGCUGCAUUGUGAUUUAUUAUGCAAUGCUGCUAUAUACAGCUGUGAAGUUCUGUAUUCCUCAGUGAGUACGAGUAAUUUUCCAGUCCUCGUACCAUUUCUUCUUAUUAUUAAAAUAUUAUUAAGCAAAGGUUGGGGUUCUGUUCCUAAGCUCUAGCUUACACAGAGAAUGUUAGCUGGCUUUUUUGUUACCUGAUGUUUUUUUCAUUAGGAGACUUGGGCUAACAAUAGCUCAGCCAAUGAAAGCGAUACGACAGUCUUCACAUCUAAAGACAAUAUAAGGUGGUGCAUUCGUAUGUUUUGGAUGAAUUAAAACAUUUUCAAACUCUUGAAGGCACUUUAAAGACAAUUCAUUGUUAAAUUCCUAAUUUCAAAUAUUUCCUUUUUGGCAGGUUGCAUUUAGCAGAUGCACGGGUUCAUUUAGUGGCCACGUAGACGAACAUUUAUCCCAUGGGGUGUGCAACUCACAACUGGCUGUAUUUCUGCAGUGAGUAAAUUAUGAAAUUGCUGUUCAAAGGAACACCAUGGAAGCUAUUCUGUAUAAAAUUACAGUUUUAUAAACAGCGGGCCAGGUUCUAUGGUUGCUUUCUAAACAUUCGACCUGGUAAAAAUCAGUUCCUCUGCUUGAGAACUACUAGUGCAGCGUGGCCCUACACCUAGAUUGUACCUCGAGAAAUCCUCUUAGCCCCAGGCUGUGUUCAUGAUGAGCAGAGCAGAUCCUGGAGCACGCCCUGGCUUAGAUCUGAUGUUUCUGGCUUGCUGUGCUGGACACAGGUGCACUGGGUAUGGUGGGCUGGGAGAUGCUCUGAGCUCCAGCAGGCGGUUGCUGGUGGCCGUACGCAGAGUGGUGGUGCUGGCUUUCUGCAAGGAGAGGCAGUGCCACUGGUUUUUCUCUAGGUUUGCAAGCUUUUUCUCAACUUGAUGACUGGGGUGGUAACCUUUUGCACCCCUUGUAAAAGAACGUUUACACAUAACUUGUGAGAAUGAAAAUUGCAAGCAGGGAGUGGUGGCUGUAGGAGUAAGGAGGCAGCGACAGUUGAUUGAGAUGUGCACAGGCCAUCAGCUUACAGUUCAGUCUGACCGCAGGUCUUCUGAAUCCCAUUUGGUCUCAGUACUAUGGAGUCCUCUGAAACCUCUCCAAAUCACUUCACUGGCCCUAACGUUCUCAAAAUAGUAUUGCUAAUUUAAGUAAAUGAGGGCUUUUGUUGGUAGUUUGGCUUUGAGAAUAUCUUAAACGUCACUCUGAUAGAUUUUGUUGUCCAAGUUGAGUACUUGUGAAGCCUGGCCUUGACUCCAUGGUCUUCAUUUUUUUAAAGCAAAAGUAAACACUGUGAAGAAGAAGAAAAUCAGAUGCACGUUGGGUAGAAUAUCAGUAAUACAGAUCUGUAUUCACUCCUGAAAGUCAUUCCUAUAAAAUUGAGUUACAUUCCCCAGUUGGCUUUGUAACACCACAUUUGAGUUAGUUUUCUUCCUGGAUGAAUGUUUUAAUGUCAGUUUAGAUUCACGAGGUGAAUCUUUUGCUGCAGUUGCCUCUCAUUCCUUCAAACCUGACUUCUCCAAAGGGUAAGGAACUGUAAGGCAAUGUAGUGCAGCCAGCUUUAACUUUGGGGGAAAAAAUGAAGCCGAAAGUACUUUCCUUCACCAGCAGUCAUCUGAAUGGUGAUUGUUGGGUUGCUAUUCAAAUCCAGUUUAUUUUACAUAGGAAAAUAAAGGUACGCAUGUCUUUAAAAGUACAGGGAUAUUUUAAUAAUGCUGUCAAGUACUUGCUUAAAAAAGAGCUGAAGAUUCUGCUGUGUAUCAAAACCUUUGUUAAGCUGGAGACAGAGAUGUUUUUCCUGAUGCACAAUCCAUAUAAAAAGUCCAGAGAGACAUUCCAAGUGGAUCCACGCAGAGGUCUGGGAGGAGGUGGGAAUUAUUGGAGACAGUAAUGAGUGUGUCACUCAUUUCAUGAUUCAUAGCUAAUUCCUUUGAGAACGGUGAAGCUAGAAGCAGCACAGCCUUGGUCUCAGUGAUGCUUCUGGCUUGCAUUCGACCCCCAGGUUUCUUGGCAGUGAGUUACUGUGUGGCCUGGGCCCUACAAACACCUGCUGCUGGGCACAGUGGGUAUUGCUGCCUUGUCUGAGAGUCAGUGCUUGCAGGGUCUAGCCAUAACUGUCAUGUACCACUUAUCACACACCUUACAAAUGGUUCCUGAAAUACAAAGUAAAAUCAACUGAAUGCCAGAGCCCCCUUUUUUUUGCUUCCACUCUGUAUAAGCAGUAGAAAAUCAAUAUAGUGAGGAAGUAAUAUUGUACAAUACAGAAUCGUGUGUUUUGCCAAUCAUGUAAAAACGGAGCAAGGGAAAAGAAGCACAUUUGUAAUAGCACAAAUUUACAGUAAUUCCACUAUUGCAUUUGGCAUUGUGUUUUUGAAAAAAAAAAAUAGGUAUUUUGAUCCAGCAUUAAUGUAUUUAUUGCAUUUUCAAUCCGUUUAACUUGUUGCCUGAUACUUAAGCAUUUUAUUUCUAAGGCCUUGCAUUUUGCAUAUGACUUGAUUUUUCAAUGACUUCAUAUUAACUAAUGAAGAAAGAACCUUUUAAAAUUACAAAAUCUUGUAUUCAUUUCUGCUGAUUUCCUCCUCAGAACUGAAGUUCCAUAAACAGAAGCAAACUUCCAAUUCAGUGUAUAGAUUUUGGCAUCUGACUGAUGAAUAUAGCACUCCUGUCCGAGCAGCCCAAGGUCUGGAAUGAAAUUCCCUGUGAGCUCUUGGGGCCGUAGUGCUGCAUGCUGUCGUGUGCCAGGUGAGGGUUUGGGGGAGAGAACAUUGCACCUGAGCUGAUUCAGGAGGGUCAGCCUUACACUGAUAGUGCUGUGCGUUCAGAACUGAAAGGACAGCAACUGUUCAGGCCCAGGUUGGGCUGCCAUUUGAACAGCCCGGUCCUCCUCUCGUGCACACAAAGUGAAAUUGCACAAGAACAGCACAGGAAGAUCAGGCAAAGUGCAGUUUUAUGUACGUGUGAGAAGCAGAGGGGUAACGGAAAGGUGAAUACUGCUCAAACUGCAAACCACGGACCUUGGGCUUCUCAGUUCCCCAGAAGAUCUGUUCCUCACCCUAACUAGUUCCCAGUGCCAGCUUGGCAGUGCCCAGCCCCACCAGGAGCCAGUUUGGGGGCACUUUGGUAAAGACAUGGCUGCCUUUACUCAAAAAUGAGAGCCACAAAUUCAUGUUUUCUGUUCUGCUGAUUUGCCCCUUUCGGUUUUUACUUCUAGAUACUGUAUGUGUAGCAUUCUACAAGGCAUGCUAGGUAAAAUAUACUAUGCAAAUGUGUACAGUGUUGCAUGCUUUGCUCUCCCUCUGCUUUUAGUGGCUUUCAAAGAAAAAAAGAAAGUGUUGUUAUUUUUGUGAUCAGAAUCAUUUAAAAAAGAAAAUGCAGACUGCAUGCUGUUAGUAUCCUCAUUUCUAUGGAUUUGUUUUAUGGGAUUUAGAUGUACAAAAAUGAACUGCAUUACAAUAACUUUUCUACAAUAAAUCAAAAACUACAAACAGCA